UCGAUAAUCUCAUUUCAACAAAAAUGGCGCACAAACCGAAAAACCCGGAACUAAUUUAUCCAAAAAAACGAACGUUCAAGUAAGUCUCGUCAAUCUCUCGUAACAUUUCGCGUCAUAAACUGGAAACUAACGUUACACGUUUCACGGACAAAAAAAUAAUUUUCAUCAAACCGCGCUUUCUUCGAGCAAUGACAAAUUACGAUGACGCGGAUGGUUGCGAGAGAAACGUCAGAAUCUUUGUCAGAAUCCUUCCGCUCGAGAGUCCUUGCGCAUCGUGCAUAAGAAUCGAUACGGCACGCAAGGUAAUUGAAAUUUUGCGCUCGUGCCCGACACGGUACGUAACGUUUAUAAAACAUCCUUUCACCAUUGCGUGUUUCAUUCAGAAAAUCUAUGUACGAUGUUUGCAAGAAAUGCAACCGAACAGAAUUGCUAUAUCGAGAGAGCCGUCUUACUGGUGCUUCCAAACGGACGGAAUUUUCUUGGACUCGUCGCAGGAAGAGGUUUACCGUGUUUCGAGCGAGGACCUCGUGACUAAAAUUUUAGAUGGGGUGAGUUGUGUUUUAAUCGGCCAUGGACAAACGGGCUCCGGGAAGAGUUUCACGAUCGGUGGACUUCGGAACAAUUGGGAAGUAUGCGACCCUUGGCAUUGUUUCGCGUCAUCUCGCAGACGUACACGUAGCGAUUACGUUCUGUUUCGCAGCACAGAGGUCUGGUCGCGCGGCUCUUUUCCGACAUGUUCGCGGAGAGGACAAAUAGGAAGAAAAUCAGCAAGAUACGGUAUCGAUAUCUCAAUGGUUGGCAUCGAUACCGAGGAAGAGGCUCUGAAAAUGAUUUUCGAAGGGGAGGUCAGAAGAUCGUUCGUAAAAGGAUCGACGUAUCUAGCGUCUCACUUGGCCACGGCAGUGAUCACUAUUCACGCGACCAACAUUGGCCUAAUUACAUCAUGGGGCGUCGUAACCACAGCCAAAAUUCACAUCGUCGAGAUGGCUGGUAUAGGAUCAGCGGGCAAAAAUAAUUGUUGGAAGACGCCGUUGGAUAUUGGUGCGGCGAAUUUGACAAAGAGUCAACUGGAACAAUUUUUCUCGUAUUUCUCAGGCACGAAACCAGUCGCUCAGGGCGUGAUACGAUCCAAUAAUUUGUUGAAAAUUUUGGGGGAUGCUUUCUCAGUUUCAUCCGUGAUCCGUUUCGUAUCCCACAUUCGAAUCACGAAGGAGGAUAUCAAUGUCACGUUAUCAACUUUGCGAUUCACCGCAAACAUCGUCAGGCUAAAGCCGGUUAAGCUGAAGGAAGACGUUAGCCAUCGAUCGGAUCGUAUAACGCUGAGGCUUCGGGACGAGGUUGACUUUUUGAAGAAGAAGCUGAUGUUAAAUGAUCUAUUUCUACGGCAUGAAGCUUCGACGAAUGUCUCCAAGUCGCGAACAGAACAGAUUAAUCGGAGCAUUCUGCUAUUUCUCGAUGGGACGAUUUCCAAUUUUACGUUGUUUGGUGUUUCUCAAGUCGAGGUGCUGCUGAAAAAUAUCAAGGAUUUAUACAACAGGUUAUAUCAUUCUUGUUAGUUGUAACAUAAUUUUGAGGUCAAUGUUCUGACGAAUGGGUAUACCAGAUUAAUCGCUAAAGAGGUCGAAGUUGAGAAGCUGAGAGAAACCUACGAGAAUAUCACGAAAAAUAUGGUGCGCUUGAAUGCGUCGGCACGAUCGUCGAAGGUACAUAAGU